GCUAGCAGGAGGAAGAUGCGCUGGUUUCCGCUCUCUGUGCUGGUGUUACUGGCCUGCUCGCUUUAUCGCACUGGUGGCCACAACAGCGGCGUCAGGAAAACCAAAAUGCAGUUCGCAGCCGGGCCGCUUCUUAAAUUUCAAAUCUGUAUCUCCUGAGGCUACAAGCGGGUGUUUGAGGAGUACACGCAGGUCUUGUCCCAGCGGUACCCAGACAUCCGCAUCGAGGGGGAGAACUACCUCCCUCUGCCUAUUUACAGACACAUUGCUUCCUUUUUAUCCAUUUUCAAACUGUUCCUGAUCGGGCUAAUCAUCGUAGGCAAGGACCCGUUCCCGCUCUUCGGCAUGGAGCCUCCACGGCUUUGGACUUGGAGCCAAGAGAAUAAGAUCUAUGCCUGUAUGAUGGUGUUCUUCUUCAGCAACAUGCUCGAAAAUCAGUGCAUGUCGACGGGGGCUUUUGAGAUCACAUUCAACGAUGUUCCUGUGUGGUCCAAGCUGGAGUCAGGCCACCUUCCAUCCAUGCAGCAGCUGGUACAAAUCCUGGAGAAUGAGAUGAAGAUGAACAUGCCCAUGGACAGACUUCCACAAUAUCACUCUUAACCCAGAACUCCACUUCCUUCUGAAUUUAUGGUGCGACUCUUCCACGGUCAUGAGGCGACGUUUUAUGAAGGUCUGCGCUGAAAGUAGUCCUGCUACCGGCACAGGCUGGAUGUCCCGCCUACUGUUCGCCACCAUGCCCCUGGAGAGACUCCGCCCUCACCCCAGAGUCGAUUUCGCCCCCCCCCCCUCCGCCCCAUGGCCAUUCAUUUAUUACUACUGAGUCCCACAUGCAGUGCAAUAACGGUUCACUUCAGGAUUUCCUUGCAAGCUGUAGUAUGUGUAAUAAGAGAAUAGAGAAUGUGCACAAAUGCGUCCCUUAUCUUCCUGUAAAUUUGAUAUUAAUCAUAGAUUGUAAUGUUAAGUCUAACUUUCUUAACUUGCCCAAAUCAUGGUUAACGUUAGUAGUUUUAUUGAUCUGUUAAUUUUUUUUUAUAUAUAUUUUGCUUAACAUGUUAAGGAUAAUAAAUAAAUUCAAAAAUG